AUGCGUUUCUUUGCCCUCGCCACUGCUGUAUCGCUCGCCGCCGUUGCGCGUGCUGACGUUACGACCAUCUUUGAGACGUACGGCGAGUGCCAGAGCGACGUCAUUACGACCGUCCCGCUCACCGUCGCGGCUACGACUACGACUGUCACGACCACGCUCCCAUUGACGACCACCGUGAGCGUGUACCCGGGCGUAAAUAAGGCUCGGGAGGUCUUCCAGCCCGAGAUCACCCCCUUCCCCAAGCGUGGCUCUGAGCUAGAGCAGCGCGACCUCACGGAGAUCCACUCUUGGGUAUGCACUGGCACCUUUACCGAGACGCACUACUACUACUCGGAAGUCACGACGCCUGGCACAGCCACGACGACUGCUACCGCUUUCGAGUCGACUAGCACGUACACCUUAUGCAUCCCCGGCCACAUCUGCGUCGGGUGA